UUAUUCUCGGCAUCAAUGAUGAGAAGUAUUGGCCUCUGAUGCCUCCAUUGCCAUCAUAUGGGUAUGGAAGAGAACAUCCUGGACCAAGAUAUGGAAGUUUAAUUCAUGGUCAAAAUCUCAAAGAUGUUAUUAUUACAGGGCAUAACGGCACCAUUAAUGGCCAGGGUCAAACGUGGUGGAAGAAGUAUCGUCAGAAGCUUCUUAACCACACCAGAGGGCCGCUCGUGCAAAUUAUGUGGUCUAGGGACAUCCUGAUAUCUAACAUAACGUUACGAGAUUCUCCCUUUUGGACUCUACAUCCCUACGACUGCAAGAAUGUGACAAUUAGAAAUCUUACAAUUUUGGCACCUAUCUUUGAAGCUCCAAAUACUGAUGGCAUAGAUCCAGAUUCGUGCGAAGAUAUGGUAAUUGAAGACUGUUACAUAAGCGUAGGAGAUGAUGGUAUAGCAAUAAAGAGUGGCUGGGAUCAAUAUGGGAUUGCUUAUCAAAGGCCUUCAGUGAAUAUACUGCUCCGAAACCUUGUUAUACGCUCAAUGGUCAGUGCAGGCGUAUCAAUAGGCAGUGAGAUGUCUGGUGGGGUGUCAAAUGUCACUGUGGAGAAUGUCCUUGUAUGGAACUCAAGACGUGCUGUUCGGAUCAAGACAGCCCCUGGAAGAGGAGGAUAUGUUCGGAAUAUAAUUUAUCGAAAUCUAACAUUUGAUAAUGUACGUGUGGGGAUCAUCAUCAAAACAGAUUACAAUGAACAUCCGGAUGCAGGGUUUGACCCCAAGGCUGUUCCAAUUCUAGAGGACAUAAGCUACAGUUCAAUACAUGGUGAGGGAGUUCGUGUGCCAGUCCGUAUUCAAGGUAGCGAAGAAAUUCCUGUCAGGAAUGUCCGUUUCCGGGAUAUGUCAGUAGGAAUUACGUAUAAGAAGAAGCAUAUAUUCCAGUGUGCUUUUGUUGAAGGUCGUGUUACAGGGAACAUAUUCCCGUCUCCCUGUGAAAACCUGGAUCUAUACGACGAGCAAGGGCACCUAGUCAAAAAGUCGGUCUCUCAUAAUGUAUCAGAUAUAGAUUAUGAUUUUUGAAAUGAUUGCAAUUGCUCUCUCUAAGGGUCAAACUUCUGAUGUUUCAACACAGUUCUGAUGGGGCAAGGCAAUAUGUUGGGAUGAGUCAACUUCAAUUGCCUUGUUCUGUAAUUUUUGUUUCCUUUUUGUAACUUUUCUUUGUAUAAACAGCAAAUUACAGUGCAAUACACGCAUCAGUUUGGUUCUUUUGAA